AUCAUGAAGCCCCAGUGAUUCUGGUGUGAGACUGUUCAGACCAGGAGUUCAACCAUGGCCAGCUGUUCAGGAUGUGGACCGGGAUACCGCAGCCCGCUGGAGGCCAUGAAGGGUCCCAGAGAGGAGAUCGUCUACCUGCCCUGCAUCUACCGUAACACCGACAUCCUGAAACCAGACUACCUGGCCACCGUUGACGUCGACCCCAAGUCCUCCACCUUCUGCCAGGUGAUCCACCGGCUGCCGAUGCCGAACCUCCGUGAUGAGCUGCAUCAUUCCGGCUGGAACGCCUGCAGCAGCUGCUUCGGAGACGCCUCCAAGAAAAGAAACCGUCUCAUUCUUCCCUCGCUGAUCUCGUCCAGAGUCUAUGUGGUGGACGUUGGGACGGACCCCAGAGCUCCGCGACUGCACAAGAUGGUAGAACCUGUGGAUCUGUUCUGGAAGUGUGGUCUGGCGAACCCUCACACCAGCCACUGUCUGGGCAGUGGCCAGAUCAUGAUCAGCUGCAUGGGAGACCCGUCUGGCAACGGCAAAGGUGGUUUUGUCCUCCUGGACGGUGAGACAUUUGAGGUCCUCGGGAACUGGGAGCACCCGGGGGAAGCGGCCCCGUUUGGGUACGACUUCUGGUACCAACCCAGACACAACGUGAUGAUCAGCACCGAAUGGGGGGCGCCCAAAGCCCUGGUGGAUGGGUUCAACCCGGCCCACGUCAAAGAGGGUCACUACGGCAGGUCUCUGCAUGUCUGGGACUGGACCACCCACAGGAAGCUCCAGACCCUGGACCUGGGGGAGGACGGCGCCAUCCCUCUGGAGGUCCGGUUCCUCCAUGAGCCCAGCGCCACCGAGGGCUACGUGGGCUGUGCUCUACGGGGGUCCGUCUUCAGAUUCUACAGAACCCCGAAAGGAGACUGGGACGUAGAGAAGGUCAUCAGUGUCCCCCCCAAGAAAGUGGACGGAUGGAUGCUCCCGGAGAUGCCAGGUCUCAUCACAGACAUCCUGCUCUCGUUGGACGACCGGUUCCUCUACUUCAGUAACUGGCUCCAUGGGGACAUCAGACAGUAUGACAUCACAGACCGGCGGACGCCCCGACUGGUCGGCCAGGUCUUCCUGGGUGGACUUCUUGUCAAUGAUGGACCAAUCAGAGUCUUGGAAGACCCAGAGGACAAGCAGCAGCCCCACCCCCGCGUCAUCCAGGGGAAGCGUGUCCCUGGAGGUCCUCAGAUGCUGCAGCUCAGUCUGGACGGACGUAGACUUUACGUGACCACGUCUCUCUACAGCGGCUGGGACAAACAGUUCUACCCCGACAUGAUCAGGGAGGGCUCAGUGAUGAUGCAAAUCGACGUGGACACCGUUAGCGGGGGUCUGUCCCUCAACGAGGACUUCCUGGUGGACUUCGGUAAAGAACCUGACGGUCCGGUUCUGGCCCACGAGCUCCGGUACCCGGGGGGGGACUGCACCUCAGACAUCUGGCUGUGAAGACGGGACCAGGGACCAGGGACCAGGGACCAGGGACCAGGGACCAGGACAGUGGAGGAUCCUGAGGACGAAUUUAAAUGGUGUGUGUCUGUUAAUGAGCCUCAGUAAAAACCUUCAGAACCGAACUUCACUGCUUUGGAAUAAAGUCCUGAUGAAAACUC